CUUUUUGCUGCUUUGGGGUUUUGAAUGUAGUCUCUCUCUGUAAUUCGAAGUAACAGCACCCGCCAAGAGCAAGUGACAGCUUGUGCCCGGGCAAGGUGCCACCCGAGCCGGGGAGCCUGGAGAGAGGCGGCUCUGAACUACGUCUCCCAGCAGCCCGUGCUGAAGGAAGCGGUCACGAUGAUCCCUGCUGGACUUUGAGCCGAGGUUUUAGUCCCGAGGGGAGCAGGGUGCUGGGGCUCUGUGUCCCGCAGGUGCCCGUGCCUGGCCCCAGGGCAGCAGCUCCGUGCCGGCUGCGAUGGCGGCGCGGGUGUCCGUGCUGGCGUCCCGCAGGUGCCUGUUCGAUGAGCCGGUGCAGAUCCGUGUGGCCGGGCUGCGGCCCCUGCAGGCGGUCACCCUGCGAGCCAGCCUGCUGGACGAGAGCGGGGAGCUUUUCCAAGCUCACGCUCGCUACAGGGCUGGGAGCGGCGGGGAGCUGGACCUCGGCCGCUCCCCGGCGCUGGGGGGCAGCUAUGUGGGAGUGGAGCCCAUGGGGCUGCUCUGGGCUCUGCAGUCCAAAACGCCCCAUAAGCGGCUGGCAAAGAGGAACGUCCUGACCCCUUUCUGUGUGGACUUGGAAGUGUAUGAGGGCCAUGGGGACAUGAGCCGCUUGCUGGGAAAAUGCACCCAUGAACGAUGGUUUUUAGGAGAGGGAGUGAAGAGGAUUUCGGUCAGAGAAGGUCGUCUCAGAGCAACCCUCUUCCUCCCUCCUGGACCUGGCCCAUUCCCUGGACUUAUUGAUUUGUAUGGAUCUGGAGGAGGUCUUAUUGAAUACAGAGCAAGUCUCCUGGCUAGCAGAGGCUUUGUGACUCUGGCUCUUGCUUACAUGUCCUUCGAAGAUAUCCCUGCUAUGCCAGAGAUUCUUGAACUGAGCUAUUUUGAAGAGGCUGUGAACUUCUUGCGGAAGCAGCAGCAGGUGAAAGAUACGGGGAUUGGUGUUUUGGGCUUGUCUAAAGGAGGUGAUCUAGCCCUUUCCAUCGCCACAUUUCUACCUAGCAUCAAGGCAGCUGUCAGCAUAUCUGGAAGUUGUUUUAAUUCCUUCAUUCCCCUGAAGGGGGAUGGCUUCACUCUUCCUGUUCACCCAUAUGACUUGGGGAGGAUGAAGAUCGCCGAUGAGUCUGGACUAGUGGAUUUUUCAGAUGUCAUAGACGAUCACACGGACCCAGCAACCUGGAACUGUCGCAUUCCUGUGGAGAAGUCCUUAGCCAAGUUCCUCUUCCUGUCUGGGCUGGAUGACAUGAACUGGAAAAGUGACCUCUAUUGCCAGGAUGCUGUUCAGCGCCUUCAGCAGCACGGCCGGGAGGUGGAGUUUUACUCCUAUUCUGGAGCAGGGCACCUCUUGGAGCCACCAUACUUGCCUCUGUGCAAAGUUUCCAUCCACAGGGUGCUUGGGAUGUUGGUGCACUGGGGAGGGCAGUGGAGAGAGCAUGCUAGAGCCCAAGAAGAUGCAUGGCGCAGGAUACAAGCCUUUUUCUGGCGACAUUUGAUGGACUCAGACACCCCUAAGAGUAAGCUGUAGUGGAAGCUGUCAUAGAUGCUGGCCAGGGAUGGUAUUUCAGCACUCACUGGAUCUUGGAAACUCACCAGAAGUUCCCUGGACUGCCUCCCUCUAAGCCCCACUGUUGCAUAAUUGUUUAUUUUCAUUCCCCAAAUAAUUUCCCAUUUUUUAGCUGAAUUUCAGCUGAAGUCUAGCCCCACCUUCACAGUAGAUUGGCACCAUCUGUAGUCUAAAAACAACCCAGCAUCCCAUCAUCUAAAUCACAUUUGUGCUGAGCUGUCUUUGCCCUCAAUAUGCAACCAUCUCCUUUCAUAAGAGGAAAUACUCUCACAGGAGGAGUUUGGAAUGGUUUAGUGUUGCACCUUUAUCUGACCUAGAUAUAAGCAGCACUUUUAUUGGAUAACACAUUAGUACACUCAUCUUUCCUUCUGGUAUAUUGUUUUCUCCCAUUUUGUAGUAAAAAUGUUGCAGUAGUUCUGAUCUCAGCUAAAGGUAGAGGGAUUCUUCUGGCUUAA